AUGGCCUUUCACGAUGCAAACGAGAAGGAGGACGCACCUCUCCUUGUAGACGACCUCACUCCUUCCUCAUUUAAUCCGUUGCCGUCACUGCAGAUUCGCACCGACUUCCCCAGCUCACGACCGACCAGUUCGCGAGACUCGGAUUCACUGUCCAUCUUGUCCAGCAGUAUCCCACGACGAACCCCGAGUCUUCGCGCCCUCAUCGCACCCCCCAUUUCCAGUGCUGGAUCGUUGUCUCCGGCGUCGAUCAUGUCCUCGCCGCAGUUGACUGCAAUGGGCGACAUCACACCCUUACCCUCCCCGAUCGGAGGUGCCUCGCCGUGGCGGGGUCCUGGCUUGCCGUCACUGUCCCGCAGCCCAUCAAUGGCGUCGCGCAGUGGUUCCAGCCUGCGACUGAGUGAUUCAUCGCAAAUGCUUGGACCUCCCGCUGUGUCCCGAUCGCGCGGCAAGACAUACACGGGCAUCGAUAACGCCGGGGAGGAGUCACCCACUGCGACCCGUUUGCGUCGCGAGUCCCCUCACAAGCAUGCGCGCAAUCGCAGUCUGAGCGACUACGCACCCCCUGGUCGGAUUUCCAUCCCACAACGUCCGAUCGCAGUGUCGGGGACCGCCAAUCUAGGGAUUGUAUCCUCAUCGAGUACAGAUGGGAAGUCCAAUGGGCUUCAUCGCGAACAGUAUCUGGCGGUCCACCGUGGAAUCACUUUGCCGACCAUCCGUCCGCCCAGCCCACCGCGCAGUAGUGGCAGUGGGUAUGGGGACAGUGACAACGAACCCGUCAUCCAACAUCCCAAGCCCCUCUCCUCCCCCCAGGAAGUGUAUUCAGUACGGUCGGUUCGGACGCAACAAGCUCGCAUGUACCAGAAGAUCCGGGCUCUGGGUCAGGGUACAUUCAGUCAAGUCAGCCUGGCAGCGCGCCUUGAGCCUCUUCCGGACGCCCCUCUGUCCCCGCACAGUGACGGAGGCGCUGAGAUCCAGGGCUCGCUCAACACUCAGAAGUUAGUCGCAGUCAAGAUCAUCGAGCACGGGCCCGCAGGGGGCGCAGACGAAGGGCGACUGGAGGUGUCCCUAAAACGAGAAGUCGACAUCCUCAAGUCAGUCAAUCACCCGUCACUCGUCCAAUUGAAGGCAUUCGGAAGCGAUGAGAAGCGGGCCUUACUCGUUCUGGACUACUGCCCUGGCGGGGAUCUGUUCGAGUUUGCAACAUCUGGAGCGCCCCCUAUGUCCCCAGGCUUGAUUCGACGCAUCUUCUCCGAGUUGGUUGACGCUCUGCGCUAUCUGCAUGCUAACUACAUCGUCCAUCGGGAUAUUAAGUUAGAAAACGUCCUCCUCACCAUGCCUGCCCAUGUCAUGGAUAAUGUGAAAGACUGGCGCACUUAUGACCGUGCCGUGGUCACACUCAGUGAUCUCGGUCUAUCGCGACGUAUCCCCGAGCCCCCCGAGAGCCCACUACUUCAGACUCGGUGUGGCAGCGAAGACUACGCCGCCCCCGAAAUCCUGAUGGGCCAGGCCUACGACGGCCGUGCGACAGACGCCUGGGCACUGGGUGUCUUGCUCUAUGCCAUCAUGGAGAACCGUCUGCCCUUCGAUGUUCUACCCGGGACUCGUGGAGACCCAGCCAAACUUCGUGCUCGCACGCCUCAUCGCAUCGCCCGCUGUGAGUGGGCAUGGUAUCGAUAUGCCAACGAGGACGAAGAAUGGGACCCCGAGAAGGGGAAGGGCCUUGACGGUGCCCGUGAUUGCGUCGAGGGACUCUUGAAACGCAACACGAAACGCAAGUCCCUUGAUGAGAUUGCCGCCAUGGAAUGGGUGCGCGAUGCGAUCUGUGUGCCCGAUGGGCUGAAACGAGGCGACAAGGAAGUGCCGUAG